UACAAUCGAAAGAGGAAGUAUAUUAUUUACGUUUACGUUGAAUCGAAUAAUACUGAACACGAUUUCGAAAGAAUUAGUUGAAAUUUGUGCCAAAUAAAAAUAAAGAAGUUUCUAUAGUAUACUUGAUAACAAAACUAACAACAAAAACUGGAUUGGGAACAUAUCUACAAUACAAAACAUGACAGUUAAGGAAGACUUGGCUUACAUAACCGAUCUCUUAAGUGAUAUAAUGGAGGAGAACGACUACAAACGCCGAUGCGGAAAAGCAAAAACGCUUUUAGAAAAAAUAAAACAGAAAUUUGAAGAGAAUGAAAAGAAUAUCGAAACACUCGUGGUGAAGAAUCACAAUACGUCAGCAGGUGUAAUAAGUGAUGUAAAGAUAGGUGCAAAAUCUUCAACGGAAUUUCAAGAGCUGCAAACCGAAAACAAACGUCUCCUCGUAGAAAACCAAAACCUAAAGCAAGAAUUAACACAUUUUGGAAACAGGUCUGGAGAGGAAAAACUACGAUUCGUGGAUAAACUGAACGAUGAGAAGAAAAAGCUGCAAGACGAAGUUGAAGAACUAUCAAAAAAGCUUAGUUCCGUAACUAUUGCUGACUUGAGUGAUCCGUAUCGACCUACAAAAUUGGUAGAAGUCUUUGGCUCGCUUUACGAUACUCAGUGGACUGAUGCUUUUUCGAGUUUCGAAAAGAAAGCAAUAAAAGAAGACCAGGUUAUAAACAUUCUUCGUGAAUUCAUUAAGAGAGCGGAUAGAUUCUGCACCGAAAGCUUACUCCAAGUGAAGGAUCGUAUUCGGGGUUACGCAAUUGAGGAUAUUAGUAAUCCAAAAAUAUGGAUAAGAAGUCAAAAUGGUGAAAAGUAUCAACUUGUAUCUCGCCUCACAGUCGGUAUUGAGUCUUCAGUAAAGGACAAAGUUGAAGGUCCCAUCAACGACUUGUUGAGAUUACUAGCUUCAGUCUCAGGCAAGAACAUAGCAGAUAUAUUUGUACAGCGCCCAAUGGAAUUUGUUGAAAAGAGGUUCCUAAAAAAUGAAACUAUCCGUGAAUCUCUUGACACAUUUGCUAAACAGGCAGUACAGAUUAUUUGGAUGAUGAAGGUCCAGCAACCACCAAUGGAGCUGUUAUGGGCAGAUCCUGAAAGCAAAUAUGACAAGCAGUUGUUUUCAUUCUAUGUAAGACAAGGUGAAAUCGUUGCCCAAUGCAUUUGGCCAGCUGUUCUCUUGCACAAAAAAGGUCCUGUUAUGGCGCGCGGGAUCGUGCAAGGAAAGUAACUUUCUAAUAAACUGUAUUCAAUUCGACAAUUAUGACAAUUAUUGUUUUGUUUAUGAAAAGUCUUCUUGUUUUAGUCUGGUCUGAGUUAAAAGUGAAUAUUACAUCGAAAAUGGCUUCAAAGAAGAAAUUUCUUAAAAUGUGAACUUCAUGUAGAAAUACUGAUACAUAAUAGGAGUUAAACAGGUUAUACGUAAUUUGACUGUAUGUAUAACUCAAUUGUUUGCAUUUGUCAAUAAAUAGAGUUUACAAUCAA